AUGACAGCAAUCAAGCAUGCAUUACAAAGAGACAUUUUUACACCAAAUGACGAACGUCUACUCAGCAUUGUGAAUGUCUGCAAAGCAGGAAAAAAGAAAAAGAACUGCUUUUUGUGUGCAACAGUGACAACUGAACGCCCCGUGCAGGUGAAGGUGGUCAAAGUUAAGAAGUCUGAUAAGGGAGAUUUCUACAAAAGGCAGAUUGCUUGGGCCCUUCGAGACCUUGCUGUGGUAGAUGCCAAAGAUGCUAUCAAAAUCAGUGAAUCUGUUCCAAGUGGAGAAAAUCAGAGUGUGGCAGGAGGUGAUGAAGAAGCAGUGGAUGAAUACCAAGAGUUAAAUGCAAGAGAAGAGCAGGAUAUUGAAAUAAUGAUGGAAGGCUGUGAAUAUGCAAUCUCUAAUGCUGAGGCCUUUGCAGAAAAACUGUCCAGAGAGCUGCAGGUGCUAGAUGGGAUUGAGAUGAAACUGAGCAGUUAUGAGGAAAUGCUGCAAAGUGUGAAAGAACAAAUGGAUCAGAUCUCUGAAAGCAACCACCUAAUUCAUCUUAGUAACACUAAUAUUGUAAAACUCCUGUCCGAGAUAGAGUUCCUUGUGAACCACAUGGACUUAGCCAAAGGUCACAUAAAGGCCCUUCAGGAAGGAGAUCUUGCUUCUUCCAGAGGUAUUGAGGCCUGCACCAAUGCUGCUGAUGCCCUUCUGCAGUGCAUGAAUGUAGCUCUUCGACCAGGCCAUGACAUGCUUUUGGCGGUCAAACAGCAACAGCAGCGUUUCAGUGACUUGCGAGAGCAUUUUGCCCGGAGACUGGCCAAUCACCUCAACAAUGUUUUUGUUCAGCAGGGUCAUGAUCAGAGUUCAACUCUUGCUCAGCAUUCUAUUGAACUGACUCUACCCAAUCAUCAUCCAUUUCAUAGAGAUUUGCUCCGAUAUGCCAAGCUGAUGGAGUGGCUAAAGAGUACAGAUUAUGCAAAGUAUGAGGGACUUACAAAGAAUUACAUGGAUUAUUUAUCCCGACUGUAUGAAAGAGAAAUUAAAGAUUUCUUUGAAGUUGCAAAGAUCAAGAUGACUGGCACAACUAAAGAAAGCAAGAAGUUUGCUACACUGCCUCGAAAAGAAAGUGCUGUCAAACAAGAAACAGAGAAUGCUGAUAAGAGUAGUCAGAAUGAAUGUUUCUUAACAAAAGGAAACAGUACAACUGAACCAGAGGACCUGGAUGGGGGAACACCACGGCAACAUAAUUCUGGUGUACCACUGCCUGUUUCGUCUGAGAAAGAUAUGAUCCGCCAAAUGAUGAUUAAAAUAUUCCGCUGCAUUGAGCCAGAACUGAACAACCUAAUUGCAUUAGGAGAUAAAAUUGAUAGCUUCAACUCCCUUUACAUGCUAGUCAAAAUGAGUCAUCAUGUGUGGACUGCCCAAAAUGUGGACCCUGCUUCUUUUCUGAGUACUACGUUGGGAAAUGUUUUGGUGACUGUCAAAAGGAACUUUGACAAAUGCAUUAGUAACCAAAUAAGGCAAAUGGAAGAAGUAAAGAUUUCAAAGAAAAGUAAAGUUGGAAUUCUUCCAUUUGUUGCUGAAUUUGAAGAAUUUGCUGGACUCGCAGAAUCAAUCUUUAAAAAUGCUGAGCGUCGUGGAGACCUAGAUAAAGCAUACACCAAACUUAUCAGAGGCGUGUUUGUUAAUGAGCUCCGAACAGAAGCGAGGACGGUUAAUGUGGUGUGGCACUCCAUGCAAGAUGAAUUUAUACGCCAGUACAAGCACUUUGAAGGUUUGAUAGCUCGCUGUUACCCUGGCUCUGGUGUUACAAUGGAGUUCACUAUUCAGGACAUUCUGGAUUACUGUUCCAGCAUUGCACAGUCCCACUGAACCUUGCGAAAGAAGAACAGAUACAUGAAUAAAGCACACCAGACACUAUACCAAAAUAUCAAGCAACUGUUUUGAGAACGCAUGCUUAAAAUUUUAUGUAUUAUUAAAUGUCAGAUAAAUGGGUAGUGCCAUACUACAAAUAUUUAAGUGCAGAAGUACAACCUAUGUGCAGUUUUAUUUGCCUAGUAGGUUGUGUAUUAACUUAAAGCAUUUAUCUCAUCAUAAAAUGCCGUUAGCAUUUUUCAGUGACUGAACAGGAACUUUUCCUUUAUUGCCUAGUUUCUUAUGUUUCAGAGUGGUUAUCCUGAGAGUAAUGCAUUGGGAGUUCUUCAGCUUUCACUACUUCUCUGUUGCUCUCAAAUCAUGUAACUACUAAAAUACUGUACAGAAUUGUUUUUUUCCACUGUCUAACAGAUGUGUAUAUAGAUAAGGGAGCUAAUGUGAUGAUCGGUUGUAAGCUUAGAUUUUGAGGAUUAUGUAACUGUGUAGUAAUAAAUGUGAAAUAAAGAAAUUUUCAAAAAAGGUGA